GUCUAUAUCGUUGUAUGUUCAAGUCUUCCCUCUGAAAUAAGUGUUCUUAAAUUCAUGUACAUUUGGCUUCUAUUCUACCUUUGCGCUAAACGCUAAGUUUCAGGAGACGGUUGGCUCAGAGUGGAUGUUCCUGGACCGAAUGAAGUCGGCGAACGUUGAUUGAAGCAUGGCGCUUAUGUUCUUAAGUAAAAGUAAAAUUUAAAUGGAGAAACCUUGCAAUGAACAGCGGGACUCGACUGAGCAGCAACCUGAAAUCAUGAGAAUUCAGGCCUAGGAAACAGGAUACGGCAGAUACGGGAUUCUGGAGCAGCAGACGAUUCUAUGAUGUGGUUGAAUGGGAAAUCAGCAGUACAAUUCUCUCACAACCUGGGUUCGAACAGAACCCCAUUUUCAUCAGCUUUAACAGCAGAUGCAUACAACGGUCAUCUUCCUCUCUUUAAAUUCAAAAAUCGUUGUGAAAUUCUGGAUUGGAGACGAAUUAGUGCCAUUGACGUGGAGAGAGUAGCCAAUGAACUGGAUUUUAUCAUUUUGCAGGAAAAUAUAAUGAAUAUUACCUUUUGCAACAUGGAUGCUGAAAAAUGCCCUUAUUGUCAAAAUUCAUUGGAUCCUGCCCUGCUGAAAGCAUUCAAAUUAGCACAGUUCACCAUAGAAUAUCUUAUACAUUCUCAGGAUUAUCUUACACAUAAUUUACAGAUGUGUGAAGAAAAAUUACAAGAAUCGGAAUUUAAAAAAGACCAAAUUAAACAGGAAUUUUGUAAAUUAGCUGAUGAGGUGAAAUCCCAGAAAAAGGAAAGUAAACACAAAAAGCAGCUGAUUUCUACCCAACAAAUGAUGUUGCACUCUGGUGCUAAUAAUUACUAUAAGUGCCAAUAUUGUGACAAAACUUUCAUCAACUAUUUUUUUAUGAGAAGUCACAUACUACGUCGACAUCCAGAUCAAAUUGAUGUUGAUCAACAGAAGAAGAAACAAUCCGAUAAAAUGCAAGCUGAAAUAGAUCAAUUGAAAAAGCAACUACAAGAUACUCAGUCUCAACUGGAAAUUGCAAAGCUUUCUCAGGAACAUGAAACUAGAAUGAUGAAAGAAGAAAAAAUACAAAGCCUUGAAAGAUGGAAGGAAGAAGAAAAAGUUAAAUUGAACAAAGAGAUGGAGAAAAUGAAAGAAAUGUUUGUUGAGGUAUUUAAAGAAAUCACUGAGAAGAAUGCUGCGUUGGAGACUGAUGUUCAGCAGAUAAAAAGUACAAGCUUGCAAAUUAAAUCUCACCUUGGCACAUUAAUAAAUGAACUUGAGAAUGAUACAAAGAUGGAAAGUCAGCGAAACCAGCAAGAAGUGAAGGAUCUCAAGUUAUUUUUAGAAAAUCAGUUCCAAUCUGAAAUAGAAAGUUUGAUGUCAUCAAUUACGAAAAAUCAGAAAGCAAGCACUUGUUACUACAAGAAAAAGAUUAGAAAACUAGGACAGAGUCUACAGGAUCAACAUCAAUUGAAAGCUCACACAGAGGAGCAGCUGGAAGCAUGUCCUGUCAAGACACCAAAGAAGAUAAUCGAAUCUCAAUCCAUUAAACAUCUAAGAGAAGUAUCAAUCUGCAAUGAAGAUCUUAGAAAAGUUCUGCAAAAAAAUCCAACAAUUUCAGAGGAAUUGCAUAAAAUAGUUGAGCAAAGUUUGGCUGAAAAGUUACAAUACCUUGGGAUAAAACCGGAUGUCCAAGGCAUUUCUGAAGGACAGUUUACAAGAGUUCUGGAUGCCAUUGAGUCUGACAGAAAAGAAAAAUCUAAAGUAUUUCCAAACUUUUGCCUUUUCCGUGAAAGCUUGUUACGUAAGGUUGAGGAUAAGAUUAAAGGAAAAGAAAGCCUUUGUUAUUUGAAAAGUACUGUAAAAAAAAGUACAAAUACAAAAUUGAGCCAGAUUGUCAAUAAUACACAACCUUCAUGCUCAAAGAUUUGCAAAACUGUAAAAGUUCCUUCUCCAAAUCUAUCAUCGUCAACACUUAGCACCUCAUCCGCUGGCAGUGAACUUGUAGGCAGCUUAAGUUCAUCAACAGAAAGCAGUGAAAAUGUGUUAUCUGAUACCUGUGAGCUGGAAGAAGUCUGUACCUUUAGCGAAGAGAAGCCAUCAGAAGUCCAUGCCACUGGGGGCUUGACUGAAACCAUGGAAAAGGAACUCAGUCAGCGUGUGAAGGCCAGAGCUGCUAAGCUUCAAAGUCUCCAUAAGAAGAAUGUAGCUGGAGAACAGAAGCAUAUCGUCCUGAAGCCUAGUGAAUACAUAACGAAUCCACUGCAGCUCUGUCUGUGGUCAGAAAAGAGUUUUAGCUGCACACAAGUCCUGCACGGAAGAUCAGCAAACGAUAGGAGUCAGCUGCACCUUUCCUCAUUCCCUGUCACACCCACUGUUGAACUUGAACGCACGCCAGGUCAUCAGUCGGCCAUUAACCUACAACUACUCGAUGAGUGAAAAAACAAAUGUCGCUUGAGAGUUUCCUUGGAAGAGGUGGCAGGGGACAUAAAAGGCCUAACGAUGAUGAUAACGCAGAGACAGCUGAGGCCGAGACUGCAAAAAAAGGAAAGCUUCCUUCAACAGAAAAUACGACGAGUCGAACAUAAAGAAUGCGACCGGUGACUCACAUGCUCCAAGCUCCCUGUGUGUGAUAUGUGGAGGCAUUCUGUCUAAUAAGGCGAAGAAGCUCUCAAAACAAGCAUUCUGCACUUAAAGACAAACCUGUUGAUUUUCUUGAGUGGAUAAAAUAUGAGAAAGUGGGACAGAAGCAAGUGCUGAGUGCCACCACCUCCACAAAUGCUGCUGCUCUGAGAGCAUCAUACUUAGUGGCUAACCGUAUUGCUAAGGUUAGGAAGCCUUUCACUGUGGGUGAAGAAUUGAUUCUGCCUGCUGCCAGGGAAAUGUGCUGUGAACUGCUGGGAGAAGCUGCAACUAACAAGAUGGCACAGGUUUCUCUUUCAGUUACCACGGUUUAAAGGAGAAUCGAUGACAUAACGGAGGACAUCGAAACACAGCUGUUGGAGUCACCAUGGUAUGCCAUCCAGGUCAACAAGUCUACCGAUGUCGACAACAAGGCAAUACUGCUGGUUUGUGUGCGAUAUAUAUUUCAAGAUGAUGUGCACGAGGAUAUGUUGUGUGCACUGCCGCUGCCAACUAACACAACUGAGGCAGAACUAUUCAAGUCUUUGAAUGACUACAUGUCAGGCAAACUGGACUGUGUUGGAAUAUGCACAGACAGGGCUGCAGCUAUGUCUGGACGGCUGUCUGGUUUCACUACCCGAAUCAAAGAGGUUGCUUCUGAAGGUCAUGAUGCACCAUCAAUAACUCACACUGAGACGUAAGGCGAGAUAUCGGCUUUUAUUGACUGGAAGAAGGAACCAGGAGUGAGUGUCUAUCAUACUAUGUCCUGGAGACUGAGGCCGAGCGUUAGGCCUCAGAUCGCCUUUAUACAGGGGCCUGUGGGAGGAGCCACAGGAGCAGUCAGCAGGGGGCGAGUCCAGACAUAGUUCACCACAGGUCAGUCUUAACACUGUGUCAUACACAGGGAUAUGCUGGCUAGCUGAAAAAUGUCAGCUGAUCUUAACAACAUAUUGAGUGACGUUGUUGAAGUUAUCAAUCACAUCAAAGUAAAAGACCUUAACUCAUGUCUGUUUGAGCAGCUUUGCGAGGAAAUGGAUGCAGAGCACAAACACCUUCUCUUACACACUGAAGUCAGGUGGCUAUCAUGGGGGAGAGCCAGGGUUUUUGAAUUAAAAGAGCCGCCACAGAGAUUUCUUUCAGGAAUAAUGGUCACCACUGGCAGCACACUUCAGUGACAAGGAGUGGAUAGCAAAACUCUUUUAUCUGUGUGACAUCUUCAACUUGCUCAAUGAACUCAAUUUGUCACUUCGAGGAGAAUAACAACUGUCUUCAAGUUGGCAGAUAAAGUGUCUGCUUUCAAAGCCAAACUGGAAGUGUGGGGACAGUGAGUGGACAGGAGCAUAUUUGACAUGUUCCCAACAUUAGCUGGGAUUUUGGGAGAGACUGAGGCUGCACCGUCCUUCUCACAUCUGGCACACAAUCAUCUAUCUUUGCUGUCACCAGAAUUCGAGCUUUACUUCCCAGUCGCAGAGGACCCAAGACGUGCAAAGGAAUGGGUCCGUGACCCAUUUGUGAAUGUCCCUGGUGAAUCAUCCAUGUCAGCAUGAGAAGAAGAUCAACUCCUCGAGCUUGCAAGUGACGGUGGGCUGAAAGGUAUGUUUGACAUAAGAUCUCUGCCGGCAUUCUGGAUCAAAGUCAAGGCUGAAUAUCCUGAGAUAUCCACAAAAGCACUGAAAACGUUGCUUCCAUUUCCAACAUAAUAUCUCUGCGAAGCGGGAUUUUUUGCAAUGAAUGCUAUGAUGCUAUUGAUUUAUAAGUGACUUAUAAUUGACUUAUCACUAUAUUCAUGUAAGGAAAAAUAUGCGCUGUGUGUUUAAUAUUAAAUUUGUUAGAUAAACCCUUUCAGAAAUGAAAUUGAGUGUAUUAGCCAUUUAUAAGUGACUUAUGGUUGAUUUAUCACCUAUAUUCCGGUCGUGACUAAUACACCCCCGCCCCCCUGUCGGCCAGUCCACAAGAAUAUUUUCAAUAUUAAACUGGUCCACAGUGCAAAAAAGGUUGGGGACCCCUGAGCAAGAACAAUUGAGGGGCCUCUGAUUUCCAGCAUAUUGCAGGAGGAGCAUGUUAUGAGACUGUGCUUUGCUAUCAUGACAUUAUUGGACAAAAGCAUUUUAACUACUCUCUUAUAUUAGAAUACUGAUUACUCUAUGAAAGGGGUUCCCAACCUUUUUUAUGCCAUGGACCAAUACCACUAAACAAGGAUUCUGUGGACUCCAGGUUGAGAGCCACUGUUUUAGGGGAUUCAUUCCACCACAAACACUGCUUAACACAAUAUGCGAUCUUUACUUUUGCUUUUACUUUAAUGAGUGAAAUUAAUAAAGAAGGUUAGAAAUACUUAUUUGUUCUGAGAAAUGAUUCGCUAUGUAUACUCAUCUGUUCUACUUGCCAUUUAGCUGCUGCCUGUUAAACGCAACUUUCUGAACCUUGACAUCUCCCCUGACUCUGCAGCUGAUUGAAGCCUCCUUUGGUCUCUUAGGUUUGCGUCCUCUUGCUACCACUGCUGACUGUCAGCCUUAAUCUAGACCCCUGCUCAGUUUAUGCCUCCAGCAUUCUCAUAAAUAUCAUCUCCAUCCUUAUGCAUUGCUGCUGACUGUAGUCUUAUUGUAGCUGCCCCACAAUUUAUACACCAGUUGCCAAGUACUGUGCUCUCAAUGGUAGGUACUCCAUCCUCAUUGUUUCUAAUGACUGUGGUUCCUGCUGCAGUUUCCCACUUGGUUCAUAUACUAAUCACCAAGUCCUGCACCAGCACUCGUCCUUUGACACUCACUAUAGGAGGUCAUCCUGCAAGGCUGUCUUGUAAAGAGAAUUGCAUGUUUCUUCGCUAGGCAACAGCCUAUCAUUGUCCAUAUGUAAUCACGAGAAAAUCACUGUUUUUGAGGAUAUUAUUGAUACCUAAAUGUUUUUUGAUUGUGUUGGAAUCCAAAUAUCAUACGUUGAUCAUUGUAGAUAAGAGAUUUCAAACCUUGAUGUCAGACUAUCUCA